GUGUGUGACUGUGGGGGAGGGGUAUUGGUUGGAGUGGAACAGUCCUGUAAUGAGCAGAUUGGGAGAGAUUGAAAGGCCGAAACACCAGAGAGGGCAGAUGACUUGGUGGGAUUUUACAACAACAAUCCAAACUGAUGCRAGCACAGCGAUGAGGAGGAGCAGCAGCGAAGGAAUAAUCCCUGCUCCUGCAUCCACAGCCUGAGCAGCUCGCCUCCUCUGCCCAGCAGGAGAGGAAAGGGGAGAUCUUCACACUUCGUUAUAUUUGCAGAGGUGUGUGAGGAUGGAUGAGACUCUCUGAGACGGAUCGCUUGUUUUCAGGAUACGUUGUGUAGAAAUCUGUCCAGUUUCUCAGCUCCUGUGUGUGUGUGCUUUGAUUUUUGUUGGUGGCGUAGCAGCGCCGCAGCAUCCCUGUCCUGUUUCCUGCUCGGUGCGGCAGGGAUGUGAGGAUGCUCUAACAUCCGAGCGAGGCGCUGCUGCUCUCUGGGCCUGCGGGACGGCUCAGAGAAGCCUAGGCCCAGCUUGUGGGAAGCAUCCCGCAGCUCGGCCGAGGAGCGGGAAGGUGGAGGAGGAAGUGGAGGAGGAGGAGGAGAGCCUCUGGAAGCCCGCCUGCCYGUGGGAAACAGCGUGCACGGAGACUGCGUUUGUCGCUCCAGACCCAUCGCUGAAGCUCAGGCGGUUUCCCAGACAAGAGAUGAUUUUCAGGUUUCGUCCUGCUGCUUUUGAAAACAGGAGCUGAUUUUUUUUUUCUAAACCAAGAGGAGAGGGAAAGGCGAGGCCCUGCACCUCCAUGCUACCUGGCUCAGCUGAGGCCUCCUACCUCCUCCUGACUGAAACACACUCCAGAUUGGUUUUCCUGACUUUCUGAGGUUUUGCCUAAACCUGUUUCAUGCAUGUCCACUGGAGGCAGGUUUGACUUUGAUGAUGGGGGGUCGUACUGCGGGGGGUGGGAGCAGGGAAAGGCUCACGGUCGAGGGGUCUGCACUGGGCCCCAGGGUCAGGGGGAGUACGCCGGCGCCUGGAGCUAUGGCUUUGAGGUUCUGGGUGUGUACACGUGGCCCAGCGGGAACAGCUACCAGGGCACCUGGGCACAGGGGAAGCGGCACGGCAUCGGAGUGGAGAGCAAGGGCCGCUGGGAUUACCGGGGGGAAUGGACCCAGGGCUUCAAGGGCCGCUACGGGCAGCUGGAGAGCACGGCUAGUGGGGCCCGGUACGAGGGGACCUGGAGCAACGGGCUGCAGGACGGGUACGGGACUGAAACAUACUCUGACGGAGGGACCUACCAGGGCCAGUGGCUGGCAGGGAUGCGUCAUGGCUACGGUGUACGGCAGAGCGUCCCGUACGGUAUGGCAGCUGUCAUCCUCUUCCCUCUGCGUACGUCUAUAAACUCUCUCCGCUCUGAGCAUAGUCAUGGCCAGCCAGCUAUGCUGGAGGAUGGGGUUGCCACCACGCCCACAGAUGGAAUCGUUGCUGGGCUGGCAGGCAGUCCGGUGGGCCGAGGUGGUUUUGCUUUGACAGCUCCAAGUGAGGCAGAGCGGCAGAGGAAAAGAAAGGGUCGCUUUCGGCAGUCUAUCCUGAGUGGGCUGAAGCUUCGACGCUCUGAGUCCAAAAGCUCCCUGGCCAGUCAACUCAGCAAGCAGAGCUCCUUCUGUAGCGAAGCUGGCAUGAGCACAGUCAGCUCUGCUGCAUCUGACAUCCACUCCAAYGCCAGCGAAAGUGAGCAGGGCGCCCCCGUGGAUGCUACUGUAACUGAAAUGUACGCCGGAGAGUGGCGGAGCGACCAGAGGGCAGGCUGGGGCAUGAGCCGGCGCUCAGACGGGCUGCAUUACGCUGGUGAAUGGGCAGGUAACAAGAGGCAUGGCUAUGGGUGCACCACCUUCCCUGAUGGCACAAAGGAGGAAGGAAAGUACAAGCAGAACUUGCUAGUGAGCGGAAAACGGAAGAACUUGAUCCCACUGAGGGCCAGUAAAAUCAGAGAGAAGGUAGACCGAGCUGUGGAAGCAGCUGAGAAGGCAGCAGACAUUGCCAAACAGAAAGCAGAGAUUGCGAUGUCACGGAUGAGUCAUGCUCGUGGGAAAGCUGAGGCUGCUGAAAGAGUAGCACAGAAAGCCACGGAGGAGUGUCGAAUGGCCCGGAUAGCUGCCAAAGAGCUCUCACCUUCCUUUCAUGUCUACGGAAACGGGCUCGAGUGUCAGUCACCAAAACACCAGGAUGCCAAGGGCAAAGAUCAUGAGGUCAUUUCCACAGGAACAGACAGUCCAGAGUUGUGCACUCCAGACACCACGCCACCUGUAAUAACACCUGAUUUCAGCCCUGUGCUGARCGUUCCUACCUCGCCCCCUCACAGCCCAACAAAGCACUCCCACCGCCCCAAAAAUGCCUGCUUUAUGCGACAAAGUGCAGUGGACGAUCAAGGYGGGGCUGAAAUUCAGGUGUUGGUAGAGGGGCGUGGGAUGGAUCCACCAAGGCCUGGCACUAACAGUUGGACUGAUCACAUGUAUCCAGAGCGAGGAGGCAGCAGUCGCUCCACCACACCUUCACUUCUUGAGGAGCAGGAAGGACAAAUCAAUGGCUAUGAGCAGGCCCCUCUGUCCAACCACAAACCGCGAGAUAAAUCUUUGUCCAGUCACAAAUCCCGGGAGCACGCCUCUUCCCACAGAGCAUGGGAGCACUCUUUUUCCAACCAAAAGCUGUCCAAGCAUGCCACCACCAAUCACAAAUCAAGGGACUACUCAUCCUCCAAUCAUAAAACACGUGAUCAUUCUUCCACAAAUCACAAGGUUUUAGAGCAUGCCUCUUCCAACUACAAGCCACAGGUGCACAUUUUAUCCAAUCACAGGGCCUUGGAACAUAACACGUCCAAUGACACAACUUCUGAGCAUGCUUCUUCCAAUCAUCGGUCCCAGGAUUUUAUCAACUCUAAUCACAAUGCAAAGGACCACAUCUCUUCCAGUUACAGUGCUCAAGAGCAUGCCUACUCCAACUACCAUCCAAAGCAGCACAACCCCUCCAACCACAAGCUUAAGGACCAUGCAGURAUAGACCAAAGGCUAGAUGGCCUCACUGGAGGGUGGACUCCUGAAGGUACCCCCAGGUGGAGCCCCGCCCACGCUCGCAUCACAGAGCAGGACGAAGAGAGGAUGAACGACUACAUGGUUGAUAUAAGGCUUCACUCUCCRGGUUCACAGACGACUCUGGGGCUGGGUCAGGAGUCCCCUGCCCCAAAAAACAACAGGCUGCGAUCCCGAGGCCUUCGGCCAGUCCGAGAGGACUCGGUAGACUCUGUCCAGAUGCUGGACAAUCUGAAUGUGGGGGCAGAGCUGGAGGAGUGGCCACUGCACAGGGACCUCACCCUCUCCCCACCUUUAAAAUCUCAGCCCAUCACUCUGGAGCAGGAAGGAGAGAUUCUCACUCUCAAAUCAAACUCAGGCUCCAGCUCUAUUCUGGUGGUUUUGGUCAUUUUACUCAAUAUUGGAGUAGCCAUUCUUUUCAUUCACUUCUUUAUUUAAGCUUAUACAGGCAUAAUCUACAAAGUCUUCUUGAUAACUAUGAUAUAUUAUUAUAUUAUUAAAAACAGUGAUGGACACUGGACGUCUUGGACUGGAGCCUGCAGCCUCAGUGACUGACUUCAGAGCCUUUCUAAUGUUGCUAUCAGUCUUUUCAACUCCUUYGAAGCCUGUUUAAGUUUCUACAAAAAUGACCCUUUUCAAAUGCUUUUACUCAGAUCUCAACUAUGAAGUAAAAGACUUUUGAGUCAGCGUUAACAAGAAGGUGURGAGACACACACGUGCAUGGGUGUCGAGCCAGACCAGAGAUGGCACAGAUAUAGCAGCCACUGUUUUCUGGUUAUCAUGAAGGUCAUGCAAACAAAGAGCAUUGCACACAGUCCAUCCUGAAACCCCUUAAAUCUUCCUCCUUUCAAUCUCUAUUGGCACUAUGCGCUACAUACAAAACUAUGCUGCAAGAAUAGAUUCAUUUUAAAGGGCUCUGUCAUGAUUGUUUUGUUUUUCCACUCUGAACUUUCACAAACACACACACACGUGUUGCAUGAGGCUGUGUGCGGUUUGAAAAAGUGCAUUUUUUAAUCCCUUUAACUCGGUUCUGUCCUCAUUUGUCUGCACUCCAUCCCAGUAAUYAUCAGCACCGUUUCACCUUCACCUCCAACCAGAUCAUCGACUCCGAUCAGAUUUUUAUUUGAAUCCCCAAAAUCGAGCGCCAACACACGCCUGAAUUUAUAAACAUGCACACAUUCGCACGCGGAGAAUAACACAUGACUGCUAACACACGGAGGAGGCUUCAGCCUUUCCCCUUUGUACAGCCUUGAGACUGUUACGUUAUAACCACUAAAUCUACUAUAUAUGUCGAUGUGUCAUUAUUAUUAUUAUUAUUAUCAUUAUGAUUAUUAUUAUUAUUAUUCAAAGGUUUGUUACUUUUUGUAGUUUGCAAAACAGAGAGAAUGCCGAGUGCCUCGUAUUUAUUAAGUUUUCCUCUAAAACUUUAUCCCAAAUCUGGACUGAUGGAAAAAAAAAACCCACAGGCAAGUGGCGAGGAGACGAAUAACCUUUGAAAUUUUAUAAAAGUCUCACCUCGUCACCUUCUUCACCCUGAAAUGGCAUGCACUGUUUGCUCUCCCUCCCAGGCCCUCUUUUUGGAAUAGUCAAAAAGUGUGGGGGGGUGGAAAUUGGGUUUCUACUGUGUCGUUUUCAGACACUUUUUGGGCCGGAUGAAGUUUUCCUUCUUUCUUUAGUUUCAGCAUGUUUGUUCAGCCUGCUCAAUCUGGUGUUGGUUUGUGAGUCUCUCUUCCCCAGCAACACAAAAAGGCUGUGUGAAAACAUGACUGAGAGCCGUGUAAAAUAAACGCUAGCUUCUAACUUUCCGUGGAAACAGAGACAUCCCCGAGUUUAUGAAUGAAACAAAAAAAAAAAAAAAUCAACUCUCUGCUGCUGUGUGUUUUAUACUUCGCACCCAGUGGCAUCAUCAUGUUGUGACAUCAUUGCAUGCCCAAGCAUGCUUUUUCUUACUCUUUGGUUUAUGAGGUUGUUUCAAAGUUGAUGUGGAGAAAAUAAUGAAAUGUUUGAAAUGAA